AUGGUUAUGAUACACAACGGCGAUUCUUCGAUUCAUGAGAAGAAGCGCUCGAAUGAGCCGCCGCGAUAUUUCUUUGGCAAACUUCAUAUCACGAGCGCCAUGAAAGGAAUCGUCCUUUUGGGAAUAAUUGUAAUCCUGAUGCUCGUGGUCCUUCUCUAUUUCAAAUUCCGAAAAGCGAUGUUCGUCCUGUUGGUCCCCACAUCGAUUUCCGUUCUUACCGUAUUGGCAAUCAUCAUGAAAAAACACAUAUUCGUCUAUCCGGUCGUCGCUAUUUCGAUGUUCCAUGUGAUCCUCUCAAUUUAUGCUCUAAUUGUCUUCAGCUUUUACUUUUUCUUCAAGCCAUUCUACAUUCUAAUGAUCUCAAAUUGGCUAUUCGAUACGAUGCACAGCGAGAAAAACGCGGCAUUCUACACACAAUCGGCGGCCGUUUACGCGUUUUUGUCCGGCUUUCUGGCAUUCAAUGCCUGGCAGGCACACGUCAGCAUCCAUUAUAUUGAACACCUCGCCUCGUUCGCUCAAAUCCCACAAGCUCAUCAGCCAACGGUUCUCGUCGUCAACAAGCCAACCUAUUAA